UCCAUGAGAGCGUUUUAGUCUGAUGCGUAUCUGUGCUGCCAGCUGAAGGUGGAUCCCCCGCUACAAGGCAACACCUCUCAUCCUCGUCCUGUCAUGCGUGCAGCAGGGGGGCUCCAUCCUCCUCCUCCGACCCUCUGACUGCUCCUGUUGUUCUCAACAAGCCCCCCGUGCUGCCUCCACUCCCCGCAGACGCACUAGUGCGUCCUGAGAAACUCGCCGGGUCUGACAGAAUGAAUGGUUACGGGUCCCCCUACCUUUACAUGGGGGCUCCGGUGUCGCAACCGCGUGCCCCGCUACAGAGGACCCCCAAGUGCGCGCGGUGCCGGAACCACGGUGUGUUGUCGUGGCUCAAAGGCCACAAACGCUACUGCCGCUUCAAGGACUGCACCUGCGAGAAAUGCAUCCUCAUCAUCGAGCGGCAGCGCGUCAUGGCGGCGCAGGUGGCGCUCCGGAGGCAGCAGGCCAACGAGAGUCUGGAGAGCCUCAUCCCAGAGUCCCUUAGAGUUUUGCCCGGGAUUGGGAUAAGUGGGACCAGGGAGGGGAACCAGGGAGCCUCGUCGAGGACGGAGGAGCUGGAGCUAAGAUGGAGCGGCGCGGAACCGGCGCAGGCUGGUGAGCAAACAUGCACAGAGGCUGCAGAGGACGGUCCAGAGGAGGUUUCAGGAGGGGAGAACGCAGGCAGCUCCAGUGAGAAGGAGCAAGACCCGGUCAGCUCCCCUGAGGGCUCCAAACCAAACUCCUGUUACACCCCAGAGCCCUCAGAGACUCCAUCCAACCCAGAGGAAAGCCGCUACAACCUCCCCAAAGCCGGCGGCACCGACAAGGAAGCAAAAGCCGAGAGUCCACAGAAAUAUCCUGUCAGCCCCGGAGAGCAGAGCGUCCUGAUUGAAGGCCUCGCCGGAUCCAUUAACCUGCCCUUUAGCCUCAGAGCCAACCGGCCGCCGCUGGAGGUCCUCAAGAAGAUCUUCCCCGCCCACAAGCCUCCGGUGCUGGAGCUCAUCCUCCGGGGCUGUGGCGGGGACCUGGUGGGGGCCAUUGAGGUGUUGCUGUCCAGUCGAAAUUCUGAUGGGAGCGCGCAUCCUCACGCUGAGCCGCCUCCGGACACUCUGGUGCUGCCCUCAAACGGACACCUGUUCGAGCACACGCUGGGUUCUUAUCACCCGGUGUCCUCCUCCGCCAAGUGGUCUGUGGGCUCCGCGUUCCGGGUCCCGGACUCCCUCCGAUUCACAUCUGAUUCCGCUUCGGGGGUGGUGUCCACCGGCACGCUGGGAGUCCCCCUGCAGCAUCCGUCCUUCCCGCAGCCCGCGCGCUACCCUCUCAUGCUGCGCAACUCUUUGACGCGCAGCCAAACCAGUCCGUUCGUGCACAACGACGUGACUCUGUGGAAUACCAUGGCCCUGCAGCAGCAGUACCAGCUCCGAUCCGCCGCGCAGUACGUGUCUCCCUUUAACCCGGCGGCCUCCGUGGCCCCCGCGGGGUCAGUGUUCCGCAGCUCCCCCAUCCUCCCUUCCAGACCCUCCGAGGAGCAGCGCGUCAGCAUCCAAGAGGAAAACUGCUCGCUGGGGCCCAAACCUGGCCUCUACUCCCCUGAUGAGGAAUACGAGGAGCGAUCUGACUCCGCGGACUCGCGCAUCCUGAACUCAUCCACCUGAAACACACGAUAUUGGACAGCCUGCAGCAGGGGGAGAGCCAAAAAUGUAUUAUUGUGAAUGGACACCACUGUGCGUGUAAAGCAUUUUGUCUCGUUUGAAUCGUGUCAAGCAAUCACCCCUUUGAUAAAUAAUGAUGUAAACAUCACCCAGAUUCCCCUGGACCUCAGCAGAAAGUAAUGAAUGUAACAGACUGAGAUCGCACAUCUCUUCCUAGCAUGUUUAUUACUGUGAACACUUCUAAUGUAAGAAUCACCACUGCAUGUUGAUAUGCCAAAUAAAUCCAAAACGUCCAAACGGAUCAGCUUGUUUUCUUUCUUUAAUUGGACCUGGUGAUGGUUUUUAUCCAGGAUCAGGUUGGAACAAACGUGUUUAAUUCCAACCUUUCCUAAAGUGCUUGUAAUGAUGUUUUAAUCUAAACUAUGCCUUAAUAUUAAGCUCUUGCAUCUAAACAAGGCCAUGUGUGACAACACAAGAUAUUCAGUCUGUGCAGAGAUGGUUUAUG